AUGUUGCAAAAUAUUAAUAAUCAUAUUGGUGAUGGUACAAGUAAACAUGUAGAAAAAAAAGAAUUGCUUUUAAAUCACCAAUCACACGUUGAAAAUCCUUCGUUUAGCGAAAGUAAUUCGAUAUCUUGGGAUAAUGGACUUUUAGAUACAAAUUCUAAUGGGAAUACUCUUCUAGAAAAUGAAUAUGGCAGAAUAAGUGAUCUUCCCAAUCUACAAUAUGACUUUACUCAAGAUUGUAAAGCUCAAAUAAAAGACUACGAAUCAAUUUCAUUGAAUGUAUCGUGUGCAAGAUUUUCUCAGGAUUCUAUAUCCCCUGAUAAUAUCAUAGAAAACAUUAAGACAUCGAGCAAUCAUGCAGAAAAUUUACAUAAGAAAAAUCAAGAAUGUCCGUCUAGAUUAAUCAAUAUUAAGGAAAAUGUAUCAAGGAAUUGCAAUAGAUUACCGAUAAAAGAUAUGAAUAUUAAAAGAAACGAUUUAAUCGAAGGGAGCAAAUUGGAUGACAAAAUAACAGAAGUUAUUGAAGAAAACUGUGAUAUUGAAAGUUCCAUUCCAAAUCAACAUAAACCUUAUCGAUCUUUUCUCUCGCCGAAUAUCAAUACUAAUCCCAUUACGAUGGAAGAAAAAUCCAAAUUCUUCAUAAACAAUUGUUCGAUUUCAGUAGCGACGGAGACUAAUAAUAACAAUAUUAUGACAAAACAUAAUAGUAUUAUCAUACCUAUAGAAGAGUUUAGGAAAAUUUUAUCAAACACCGUUCAACAAAAACAUCAUCAUUCUCUACUGUCGUUUUUUACCGCAUACGACAUACUUAAGAGAAUAUUUAAUCUUUUAAGUAUUGAAGAUUUGUUAAAUGCUCAAAAAGUCUGUAAGAUGUGGAAUAUCUUUAUAAAUGAACCGACAUUCUGGAGAAAAUUCAUACUAAAUAAUAAUCAAAUAACAGAUCAGAUUGUCGAUGCUUUAAUUGAACAUAACACCGAACACUUGAUAAUUCACAAUGACAAUGAUAAUUGGGAGAGAUUCCACUUUAUUAUUAAAAAAAUAGUACCUCUUAAAGUACUUGAAUUGUGCGACUGUCCUGGGACUGUCGUAAGUUGGGUUAUUCAUAGCUGCCCACAGUUAACAACAAUCAGAGCAUUAUCAAUUACAAAUGAGGAGUUUGUCCUGCCUUAUUUGAAAUUCCGUAGCGAAUGUAAAGUAUUGCAGCUGCAAUGUGUGACCACUAUGACAUUAACGAUCGUGCUUCAGAAUUUCAUGGUAUUUCAAAGUCUAACGCACUUGAGUCUACUGACAAUAAACAAUUUGACAGAGCAGCGAUUUGAUUUUCUAUACCAGUUGGUAAAUUUGGAGGAUUUAGAAUUAGGCCAAUUCAAUGGGAAAGUUGGAACAAAAACGAAUGAUAUGUCGUCGUAUCCCCAUCUAUCGUUUUCUAACUCAUUUCUUACUUUACACAAUUUAAAACGUUUCAGACUCGAAAAUAUAAAAACAUUAUGCUUCACUCGCCUUCUACAGAUCAUUAGCAAAUUAAAGAAAUUGACUAACUUGGAAUUAGCGAAUAUUACAUUGACACAAGAAUUUGAAGAUCACUUGCACUUAUGUACAAAUAUUAACAGAUUAUUGCUUUCACCAAACUAUGAUACAACUCCAGCAUGCAGUAAUACUAGAAUUUUAAAUAGUAUUUAUAAAUUAAGAAAGAACUUGAAACACUUCAUUUGGGAUUUUUCUAACGAAUCCUUUCAGUUUUCGCAAACGUUCUGUCAACAAUCGAGAAAAUAUAUACCAAUUUUGUCAUGCCAACUUGACCAAAAUUUAACAAAUAUCCACUUGAACGACGGCAGCAGCUUGUAUAACAAGAAAUUUAAACAAAUCAUAAAACAAUUGAUGAAUGUCGCGUGUCAAGAUAUAAAUUACAUCUGCAAUUGCUGGAAUAUAGAUGCGAUAUCGUCGUCAUCUUUGCAAAAAUUUUGUAACGCAAUCAUACCAAUGACUAAAGUAGAAUUAUUAAAUAUUAGUUAA